UAUUGACUUUUCUUCUUUCCCUUACAGCUGUUUGGGGCAACUUCGUUAAUAUGAGCUUUCUUCUCAACAGGUCUAUCCAGGAACAUGAUGAACUAAAAAUUGAAAGCAAGAUUGAAGAGAUUGUUGAACCACUAAGAGAGAAAAUCAGAGAUUUGGAAAAAAGCCUCACCCAGAAAUACCCGCCAGUAAAAUUUUUAUCAGAAAAGGACCGUAAAAGAAUUUUGAUAACUGGAGGAGCGGGGUUCGUGGGUUCCCAUCUCACUGACAAGCUCAUGAUGGAUGGCCACGAGGUGACGGUGGUGGACAACUUCUUCACGGGCAGGAAGAGAAAUGUGGAGCACUGGAUUGGCCAUGAGAACUUCGAGCUGAUUAACCACGACGUGGUGGAGCCCCUCUACAUUGAAGUUGACCAGAUAUACCAUCUGGCCUCUCCGGCCUCCCCUCCAAACUACAUGUACAACCCCAUCAAGACGCUGAAGACCAACACGAUCGGGACGCUAAACAUGCUGGGGCUGGCAAAACGAGUCGGUGCCCGUCUGCUGCUGGCCUCCACCUCAGAGGUGUAUGGAGAUCCUGAAGUCCACCCUCAGAGUGAGGGCUACUGGGGCCAUGUGAAUCCAGUGGGACCCCGAGCCUGCUACGACGAAGGCAAGCGUGUUGCAGAGACCAUGUGCUAUGCCUACAUGAAGCAGGAAGGCGUCGAGGUGCGCGUGGCGAGGAUCUUCAACACCUUUGGGCCGCGCAUGCACAUGAACGACGGGCGGGUCGUCAGCAACUUCAUCCUGCAGGCGCUGCAGGGGGAGCCGCUCACGGUGUAUGGAUCUGGGUCGCAGACAAGGGCCUUCCAGUACGUCAGCGACCUCGUGAAUGGCCUCGUGGCUCUCAUGAACAGCAACGUCAGCAGCCCGGUCAACCUGGGGAACCCAGAAGAGCACACAAUCCUCGAGUUUGCUCAGUUAAUUAAAAACCUUGUUGGUAGCAGAAGUGAAAUUCAGUUUCUUUCUGAAGCUCAGGAUGACCCACAGAAAAGGAAACCAGACAUCAAAAAAGCGAAGCUGAUGUUGGGGUGGGAGCCCGUGGUCCCGCUGGAAGAAGGGCUAAACAAAGCAAUUCACUACUUCCGGAAAGAACUCGAGUACCAGGCAAAUAAUCAGUACAUCCCCAAACCAAAGCCCGCAAGAAUAAAAAAAGGACGGACGCGCCUUGGCUGAAACCUCACCUCCUGGGACGAGAGACUCCCUGUGCACACUUGAUGGGAUGUAUUUUUUUUUUAUUAUUUUUUAUUUUUUUUAAAGAAAGACUUAAACAGGUGUCAUGAAGAACAAACUGGAAUUUCAUUCUGAAGCUUGCUUUAAAGAAAUGGAUGUGCCUAAAAACUCCCCUCAAAAAACUGCAAAUUUUGCCUUGCACUUUUUAAAUCUGUCUUUUUAUGUAAGAUAGUGUAGAUGCAUCUCUGCGUAUUUUCAAGUUUUUUAUCUUGCUGUGAGAGCAUAUGUCGUGACUGUCGUUGACAGUUUUAUUUACUGGUUUCUUUGUGAAGCUGAAAAGGAACAUUAAGUGGGGUGAAAAAUGCUGAUUUUAUUUAUAAAAGUGGGUACUUGUAAAGGAGACAUUAUACUAUGCAUAAAGGAAAAAUAACAAAACAACCUACCAGUAUUGUCAGGUGGAUGGCGUACCGGCAUUUAUCCUUCGGGCGAUUAAAAGAGUUCUGUUUGAGAGCUUUAUGUUUCUUUUAAUUCAGAAUUUUUCCAAGGUCUAGUUUUUAGUCGCAAACUUGACUUUGAAAUAUUUCUGUUGGUUAUCAUGAUCAAGGACAUUUGAAAUCACUACUGUGUCGUGCUGCGUAUUCUGGGUUGGGGGGGAGACAAAGUUAACGUAUUCUUGGUUAACAGUAGUUAAAUAUGCUAUUUUAAUAAAAUAUUGAAAC